GAAAAUAUGAACACCAAGGAGAAAAUUCUCUUCGUUGCACCAAAAACCAGUGAAGUUUUGCUUGUAUUGAUCUGAAUAUAAUACAUGGGAUUGCCGAGAUUUAAACGUCCUGUAGGGACUAGUGAACCAAGUUCGAAUCUUUAUGUGGCCAAUUGUGGACCUGCAGUUGGACUAACUUUGGACACAAUUGAAGCCGUAUUUGGUGCAUAUGGUCAAGUUAAGGGAGUACAUCUCGCUGAUGAAAGUGGCACUAGAGUUAUUGUGUCUUAUCAUGAAGAGAAGUCUGCAGAAUCUGCCCUGAAGUCUUUGAAUAGACGAGCAUGUCCUGAGCUUGGUGGGCGGUCUUUGCACAUUCAGUAUUCUGUACCCUCUGUUUGUCAGGUUGCAGUGGAUGACUCAAUUCAGGUGUCUAUGGAAGCUUCAGAGUUAGAUAUUCCUGGUCUUUACUUGAUUCAUGACUUCAUCAGUGCCAAAGAGGAGGAGGAACUACUUGCAGCAGUUGAUUCAAGGCCUUGGCAAAAACUUGCUAAAAGAAGGGUUCAGCAUUAUGGUUAUGAGUUCCACUAUAACACAAGGAAUGUCAACACAAACCAGUACUUGGGUGAACUUCCACCAUUUCUUUCGCCAAUUCUUGACAAGAUGUCGCUGUUUCAAAAGCUUAGUUACACUGAAACUGUACUUCUGGACCAGCUCACGGUUAAUGAAUAUCCACCGGGAGUGGGUUUGUCUCCACAUAUUGACACCCAUUCAGCAUUUGAAGGAUUAAUAUUCAGCCUUUCAUUGGCAGGGCCUUGCAUCAUGGAGUUCAGAAAGUAUUCUACUGGUGUUUGGCCUGCUGACCCUGACACAUUAAAUGAUGAAGAGGCUCAAAAUUCCGACAAGAGCUCAAAGUUUUUGAGGAAGGCUAUUUAUCUACCCCCUCGAUCUAUGCUGUUAUUAUCAGGAGAAGCACGCUAUGCUUGGCAUCAUUACAUUCCACAUCAUAAGUUUGAUGUUGUGAACGAAGCCAAAAUCAGAAGGGCUUCAAGGAGAGUGUCCUUCACAUUGCGCAAGGUAAGAAAAGGACCAUGCGAAUGCGAGUUCCUUGAAUACUGUGAUUCUCAGAAGUAAAAGACUGAUUAUGCUUUGCCAGAAACAAGAAGAUUUGAUCAUUGCUUAUUUAAUUCCGCGUGGUAAUGUGCUGUCUGAACUGUUUUCUGGUGAAAUUAAACAACCAGGUCGAGGUUCAGGUCGAGGUCGCGAAUUGCAAUAUAAAGCUGAGGGGGUUGCAGUUUCUCAAAUGCUAAGCUCCUCUCCACCAUUGUUAUUCACAGAGUUCCAUACCUUUUUUUUUAGCAACUCAAUUGAACAGAAAUUGGACUUGAAGCAACUGAAAAAGGCUUUAGUAUUUCUAUUCCCUUUUCCAAAUAUUUAUAUGUAUUUAAUAGAUUUCCUAAUGCAAAUAUAAGAUUUGAGCAAAA